CAGAAACAUCCUCCCCACACCACCACCGACUUGUUGACUAUCCCUACUUGCCCUCUUUGUCUCUCUCUCUCUCUCUCUCUGCUUCAUGCAAAUCGUUGCUUGAAAUGGAAACCGAUCCUCCUAGCUCUGAGAAUUUAGACCAGGUUUCAGGGACGUCGUCGGAUGAGCAGGGCCAGAGCCAUCAGGCGAGGUCCUACGGGUGCACUUUCUGCAAGAGAGGGUUCUCUAAUGCACAGGCACUAGGGGGCCACAUGAACAUUCAUAGGAAAGAUAGGGCAAAGCUCAAACAGCCUUCUAGUAGUAGUAGCAGCCAACUUUCGUUGGAUAUCAGCCAGAAGAAUCCUUCCCAUCCUGCUGCGGUCUCUACAGAGUAUGAAUUACCGGAGUUGGAGUCUAGAGAUGACAGAAAGAGCAGUCUUAAUUGGGCAUGUGUCGUUGGCAGCAGAGAAGAUGUUGAGAGAGAGGAAAUCCGUGUGGGAGAACUCCGUCAGCUGUCUUUGUUUGUUGAGAUGCCUUCAGGCAGUAGUGGAGAUCGACGUUCAGGUAGUUGUGGUGCUGGGCAUGAAGAAAGGAGGAUGCAGUCAACCUAUUGCUCGGCUGAAGAGGGUUUGGACCUAGAGCUUCGGCUGGGACCAGAGCCUCAGGAUACAUCUACACCGGGUACCAGAGAAUUCUUUUAAAUUUUAUUGAAUUCC